CUGAGGACGCCGGCAUCCCACUGACCCACAUUCUCCUGCAGCCCGGCGGAGCGGAGGCGUGAAAGGACCGAGCAACCUGUUAAAGACCGAGAAACACCUAGAAAUGUCAAACAUGAAGAGCAUGGAGCAGGAACUCCUGUGCCCGGUGUGUAAGGACAUCGUGAAGCAGCCGGUGGUGCUGCCUUGCCAGCACAGCGUGUGUUUGCUGUGUGCGUCCGAGGUGCUGGUGCAGAGCGGCUAUCCUCAGCCCGAGUUACCCCCGGAGCCCCACUCUCCCGCCUCCACACCAAACACACGCUCGCCGCGCCAGCCCCACCGCUCUGUGGAUCGCCCGCUGCGGCCCGGUUUCGGGACGUACCCCGGGCGCAGGCGCAAGGAGGGCUUGGUCCAGAUCAUGCUGUUCCCCUGCGUGCCCUGCGGUCGAGAUGUGGAACUGGGAGAGCGAGGACUGGUGGACUGUAUGAGGAACCUCACGCUGGAGCGCAUAGUGGAAAGGUACAGGCACACAGUAAGUCUGGGCAGCGUGGCAGUGAUGUGUCAGUUCUGCAAGUCGCCCCAGACUCUGGAGGCCACUAAAGGCUGUGCUGACUGCAGGGCGAGUUUCUGUAACGAGUGCUUUAAGCUCUACCACCCAUGGGGGACUCCGCGCGCCCAGCACGAGCACGUUCAGCCCACCCUCAACUUCAGACCCAAGGUGUUGACAUGUACAGAGCACGAUCAGGAGAAGUUACAGUUCUACUGUAAAACAUGCCAAAGGCUCCUUUGCUCCCUCUGUAAGCUGCGCCGAGCUCACACAGGUCACAAAAUCGCGCCUGUCAGCCAGGCCUACCAGGCACUCAAGGAGAAAAUUUGCAAGGAGUUAGGCUACAUCCUGUCCAAUCAGGCUACAGUGCUGUCUCAGAUCACACAGCUGGAGAACGCCAUCACCCAGACUGAGGUGAACAGUGUAGCGGCCCGGGAACAGCUCUCUCAGAGUGUAAGGGAGUUGACGGCCCUGCUCUCUGAGCGGCAGGUCAUCCUGGCUCAGGCCCUGGAAAACUCGCGCCAGAGGCGGAGCGAGGCUUUGGCAACACAGGUCGCGGAGAGGCGGAGCUUGUUGGAGCACGCUGGCUUGAUGGCGUUUACCCAGGAGCUGCUGAAAGAGACAGAUCCUGCCUGCUUCGUACACGCAGCCAGGCACACAUAUAACAGGCUGGCCCAUUCCAUUGAUUCCCUGCAGAGUUUCUCUCUCUCUGCUGAUCCCUCAUUCCGACACUUCCAAUUGGACGUCUCCAGAGAGCUCAAACUUCUUACUGACCUAAACUUUAUUCAAGCCCCUUUAGCUCCUGUGAUUGACACCCAGCGCACUCUGGCCUACGAUCAGCUCUUCCUGUGCUGGCGACUACCCCAGGAGUCCUCCCCUGCCUGGCACUUCUCUGUGGAGUACCGUCGCCGGGGUGUGAUCCCAGGAGGCGGGGCAAGGGCUGGUCUCCGCGGGGGUUUGGCUGGAGCCCGCUGGGGCUGGCAGAGAUUAGAGGAGGUCAGCGGGACUAGUGCGGUGAUCAACACGCUGGAGAUGGACAGCGUGUACGUUCUCAGAGUGAGGGCCUGCAAUAAAGCCGGAUUUGGAGAGUACAGCGAAGAAGUGUACUUACACACUCCACCAGCUCCAGUACUGAACUUCUAUCUGGAUUCGCGCUGGGGUCUACACGCUGAUAGACUAGUGGUGAGUAAAGAGCGGCGCUGUGCCCGCAGCGUGCCAGGCCUGUCUCUUCUGCAGGCAGCUGACCGAGCCCUAACUUCCUGUCACCUGACCGCUGACCUGCUGGUGGGCGACGCUGCUGUCACACAGGGCCGACACUACUGGGCAUGCUCAGUGGAGCCUGGCUCUUACUUAGUUAAGGUCGGAGUUGGUCUAGAGUCAAAGCUUCAGGAAUGGUUCCAUCUGCCUCAAGACAUGGCCAGUCCACGGUACGACCCUGACAGCGGCCAUGACAGUGGGGCAGAAGAUUCUUCUGACUCUCUGCCACCUUUCACCUUCCUCACAAUGGGCAUGGGCAAAAUCUACCUGCCUGCCUCUGCCAAUGCCCACCACGGAAAGGUCAACCACAGGGACAUCUCUAAUGCCAACAGCCCCUCCUCGCCCACCGGCGUCACCUACCCGCUCCCCCCGAGGCUGGGUGUGUGUCUGGACUUUGAGAAGAGCCGUGUCACCUUUUACGACGCUCAUUCUCUCCGCCCGCUCUGGGAGGGCCCGGUCGACUGCUCGGCGCCUGUCUGUCCGGCCUUCUGCUUUAUCGGAGGAGGGGCUCUGCAGCUGCAGGAGCUGGUGGCGAAUCGCAAUGCAGAUCAGACGCCGGUCAGACGAGUCACCAUCCAAUCCCGUGUCACGAAACUGAGCUGAGACGGAUCUCAGUGACACCAGUUACACUAUCUUAGGAGAUUUUGUUUUUAUAUUUCAUACUUAAAAGAAAAUACUUUUAAAUUGCACUGAAAAUGCACUUCAGAUUAACUAUGAUUAUUAUUAUUUGCUUGUUUUUCAAUAGGGCUUUUUUGCUUUACACUGCUUGUGAAUCAAUGUAAAAAAAAACGAAUCAUGUGGCCUAUAUCUUAUAGAUCUGUAUGUAACUAUAACUGUAAAUAGAAUUUCUCGCCUCUACUCUCUAGCUGUACACCUAAAGGGUUUUUGAUAAUCCCGUCUCGCUGGUGUAAUCUACAGUACAGUGGUUUCUACCUUUAAUCUCCUUACACAAGAGUACAAUUGUACAAUUACAGCAUUUGGCAGACGUCCUUAUCCGUUUUAUCUCAUCAUGCGUCUGAGCUGUUGAGGGUUAAGGGCCUCGCUCAAGGGCCCAAAAGUGGUGGUGGUGCUGGGGCUCAAACCUGCGACCCUCAGAUCGGUAGAGUAACAUCCUUAACCACUGCCCUAUCCAUCAUCCCUCCAGUGACGCCAAGUGCCAGUUUCUUCUCUUCCUUUUUAUCUGAUGAUGUACGGUACUGACUGUUACACUACUGGUUCAUGUAUAUAUCUAGCAUUAGGGUGUACAUACUGCACUGUUAAUACACAAUGUGAGAUAUUUAGAUAGAGAGAAGAAGAAAUCAGUAUGAGCUAUAUAUGAGCAGUUCCCUGAGACACGCUAUCUUACUUUUAUUUGCUGUGUAGAAAAAAAAAAUCAUUCAUUUCUUUUCAGUGACAAUAAUGGAGUAGUAACAUUCUGGUUACAGAGUCAACGCUGACCUUUAGAUUGUUUUACUGAAUGAAAUUACCGAAUGAAUGUACGAGGUUAUAACGCGAGUAUGCUACCUCAUCCUUGUACGUAGAUGAGGAAAGGUGUGUGUGUGUGUGUGUGUAUAUGUGCGUGUGUGUAUGUGCACAUACUCUAUCCUCGCACUUUUAUGCAAUUUCUAGCUUGUAGAACAUAUUUUUAACAGACACUUGAUUUUUGGUUUCAUAGGCUUUAAAUUGUGCUUCUUUCAAAUGCUGAAUACUUUUAAGAAGAAAUUGACCUAGACAUCACCUGCUGGCAGAAUAUCCAUCAGAUUUGAACAAAAAUAUGAA